AAUGCCGUGACAGGAGGGGUCGUGCCGGGGGGAGCGGCUUCUGGCGGACGCUUCACCAGAACGAACACAAGUGCUGCAUAAACCGUGUUGCUCUGCAGCAUGGCCUGUGAGAAUAUGCUGAAAAGACUUUUAAUUAUACAUGAUUGGUGACAUCAGGGAAACUAAAGAAUGCCAACUAAGAGAUCCCAUGGAUUUGUUUAAUUCUGGGCAAGUUGUAAAAAUAUGUGCUCCUAUGGUUCGCUAUUCAAAGUUGGCUUUCAGAACUCUGGUUAGGAAGUACAGUUGCGAUUUAUGUUACACACCAAUGAUAGUGGCAGCUGAUUUUGUGAGAUCUGCAAAAGCCAGAGACAGCGAAUUCACAACAAAUAAAGGCGAUCACCCACUGAUCGUUCAGUUCGCUGCUAAAGAAGCACAGGUUUUGUGUGAUGCUGCCCGUAUCAUCUGUCCUUUUGCUGAUGGAAUAGACCUAAACUGUGGCUGUCCUCAGAGAUGGGCGAUUUCAGAAGGUUAUGGUGCUUGCUUAAUAAAUAAACCUGAGCUUGUUAAAGAUAUGGUGAGACAUGUACGGAGUCAGAUUGACAACCCUAAAUUUUCAGUAUCCAUUAAAAUAAGGAUCCAUGAGGACUUAAAAAGAACAGUUGACCUGUGUCAAAAAGCUCAAGCAGCUGGAGUUUCAUGGAUUAUAGUACAUGGGAGAAGUAUAGAAGAAAGGCAUCAACCUGUACAUUAUGAUGCAAUUAAAAUAAUUAAACAAAGCAUGUCUAUACCUAUUGUGGCUAAUGGAGACAUUAAAACUUUAAAAGAUGCUGAAAAUGUUCAUCACUUAACAGAAGCAGAUGGUAUAAUGGUGGCUAGAGGACUCUUGGCAAAUCCAGCUAUGUUUGCAGGAUAUGAAGAGACACCUUUUCAGUGCAUCCAGGACUGGAUUGACAUUGCUCUUGAACACGGAACUCCUUUUACAUGUUUUCACCACCACUUAAUGUACAUGAUGGAGCGCAUAACUUCAAAACAAGAAAAGAAAGUUUUUAAUGUUUUAUCAAGUACUUCAGCAGUACUAGAUUAUCUGAAUGACCAUUAUGGUUUGUGGUAAAUGAAAAUAUGCUAGUCCUGUGUAAACUUGUAUUUUGCAAUUGUCGAUAAACUGAAAAAGUUUUAAUUGGGUUUUUACUUUUCAGUCACAUUUGUACACUAUUUUCAACACAGCAAAAUAUUAUCAUUUGGAUGAUACUUUAUAUUUUUAUGUCUCCAUUUUUCACUCUAGAGAAUAUUCAAGAUUCUACAAAUGUGGAAUUCUAUUUACAGUUCACUACUACAGAGAGGACUGAUUAUUGUAAGGCCCUAAUAAUUUAAUUUUUCACUAGAUAAUUGCUUACAGCAAUAUGAUUGCAAAACUAGGGCCUUUCUUACAUUAAACCUCCUAAAAUCAGGACUACUUACAGAUAAUGCCAGUAAUUUCAGACCAAAAGAAUACCAAGGGAGCAACUAUAGAAGUUUUUGCUUUAGAUAACAUAAGCUUAAAUCCUAUCAUACUAUCCUUCUUUAAAUUUGAUGUUUCUUUCACAGCCUAAAGCUUUGUAACUUACUUAUAAUUUAGAAAAAUUCCAUACUUUUUAUAGCAAAAGAAUCCCAGAAUAGAUAAACAAUUAUGGAAAGAAGGAAGAAGGAAAAUGAAGAGGGAAAGAAGAAAAAAGGAAAAUUAAGAGAUAGUUUAAGUACAAACUUAACUGAAUUUAAAGAACAAGAUUUCUAAGUUCAAUCAAACUAAAUUCAGGUUUAUUUAUCUACUGUAGAAUAAUUGUAUACAAGAUUAAAUCCCUAUCAUCUACCAAACCAGAACAUUUUAGGUCAAAGGAAAGCUGACAGAUUCUCUCAGUGGGGCUCUUGCAGGCCUUUCUGCCUGCUGGCAUGUUGCUUAUCAAAGCAUGACAGCCACUUGGCUUUGAAUCAUUAUAUAGGAGAGAAAUAGUGAAAAUUAGAACAAGAUAAUAUUGUUACACACCAGCUGCAUUUGUUCUGCAAGGGAAAUUUCACAAAACUGUACAGUACAAUUACUUGUAAUCAAAUAAAUCUUUUCUUUAUAUGUUUACACAGAAAUUCAUACCAAAAAUUGCCAGUUUUCUGACUGUGAUUGUUCUAUGAACAGACAUGUGAAUAGUUCCAAAUUUCCUAAAUAAAUUACUUGGUUUUGUA